AAAUUCUGAAAGGAUACCAUCUACAAACUCGCUAACGACACCAUCGUAGUGGGACGGAUAUCUAACGAUGAGUCAAAAUAUGGGAGGGAGAUAAAGACUUGGUGCUGUGGUGCAAUGAAAACAAUCUGUGUCUCAACAUCAGCAAAACUAAAGAACCAAUCAUCAACUUCAGAAAGAAAGAAGGAGAACAUGCCCCCGUCUACAUCAACAGAGUUGAGGUUCGGAGAGUGAACUGCACCAAGUUCCUUGGAGUGACGAUAAGCGAUGAACUGCCCUGGACUUCCCACAAAAAUAUGACAGUCGAGAAGGCACAAAAAUGCCUCUUCUUCCUCAAGUGGCUCAGGAAAUUUGGCAUGUCCAUAAGUUUCCUCACCAUCUUCUACAGAUGCACCAUUGAAAGCUUACACCCUGGACAGUAACGGUCUGGUAUGGCAACUGCUCUGCCCAGGACCAUAAGAAACUACAGAGCAUAGCGUGCACAGCCCAGACCACCACAGAAGCCAGCCUUCCGUCCAUGGGCUCUAUUUAUACGGCUUGCUGCCUCUGAAAAGCGGCUAACUUCAUCAAAGACCCAUCACACCCUGGUAAUGACCUCCUACAACCUCUUCCGUCAGGCAGUCGAUGUAGAAACCUGAACACGUGCACGAGCAGGUUCAGGAACAGCUUCUUUCUGGCCGUUAUCAGACUGUUGAAUGGACUGUAACCUGCAAUAUAACAUGUAUGCCUGAAUUUUAUACUUGGCAAACAGUUGCCCAAAAUGUGCUUGGAUGAACAAUGGAUACUCCUGAGUAUUUGGAUUUGGAUGCGAUAGAUUUCAGCGAUGACGUUACUUUUGGAAGCUCUUCAGCAAAAGCCCUCCCUGAAUUAUACAAGAAAUCUGAUAUGCAAAAUGAAGGCCGAAUAGUUUCUAGUUCAAACUGGCGUUCGGGAGGUCCAUCAUCAAUCAGCAGUGGAAUAAAAGCGAAAGGUACAGCCGAUGUGUACAGUAAAUUUAGACCUGUGAAAAGAGUUUCACCUCUCAAGCAUCAACCAGAAAGCCCUGAAAAUGAUAGAGAUACUGAACAGCAUAAACUCAAGGGUAACUAUAAAAAGCAAGAUGAUACUGAAAACCCAAGUGAACCUAAUACCUUGUGUUACAACAAUGGACAGUUGUUUAAAAUCAAAGACACUGGUACUAGCAUUUUGCUUGGUGAACUUGAACAUUAUGAUUUGGAUAUGGAUGAAAUUUUGGAUGUGCCUUAUAUUAAAGUAAACCACUUUCCUUCCCAAAAAUGUAGUCCUUUCACAAAGGUUGCCUCAGAGAAAAGGCCAGGCAUGGAAAUGAGAGACGAUGGCAACAGGAUUUGCUCAGCAGUGAAGCAUGAGAAUUCACCAACCAACGUAACGCAAUUUUGUAUACUGUCACCAGUAAAUAGUUUGGAGUUGAGGAAAACAAAACCAGUUGUCACAAAACCUCAUAGGCAUGCAACUGUGAGCAUAGAGGGCUCUGAAUCACCAGAUGGCUGUGAUGCAUUACAUAAUGCUGAAGCUGAGGGUAAAGAUUUGAGUAGCAGAACUUCAAGCUUGUUUGUUAAUUCACAUGGACAUAAGAUUAGCGGUACUAUGCAAAACUCUCGACCAAAGACAUUGUCUCUGCAAAGCCCAACUGAGAGUAAACUAGAAGAAGGAAAUGCUAAUAAAAAUGGGAUUAGCAUGGGAAGACCUGGAGAGACAAGUGAGGAAGCAAAAAACGUCAAAAGUAUUUUAAACAUAGUCAGAGAAGGACAGAUUUCAUUGCUGCCACAUUUAACUGUUGACAAUCUGGAGAAGAUUCAUGAUGAAAAAGGAAAUAAUCUACUGCACAUUGCAGCCUCUCAAGGACACCUAGAGUGCUUACAACAUCUGACUACUUUAAUGGCAGAGGAAUGCUUGACAGAGCGUAAUAAUGAGAAACUUACCCCAUCUUCCUUGGCAGUAAAGGAAGGGCAGCUUGAAUGUCUGCGUUGGCUGAUGAGUGAAACUGAAGCCAUUGCUGAGUUGAGCCCUUCAGAUGGUUACCCUGCUCUUGUACAUUAUGCUGCAUGCUAUGGACAGGAAAAAGUUCUUCUGUGGCUUCUACAAUAUAUGCAGGAACAAGGAAUAUCUUUGGAUGAAGUUGAUCAGUAUGGAAACACUGCAGCUCAUGUUGCUACCCAACAUGGUCACCUGAGCUGUCUUCAGACCUUAGUCGAAUAUGGAGCAAAUGUGACCAUACAGAAUCAGGAUGGAGAGAAGCCUUCCCAGAGUGCAGAGCGACAUGGACAUACCACUUGUUCACGUUACCUAGUGGUUGUGGAAACUUGUAUGUCUCUAGCAUCACAAGUGGUGAAAUUAACAAAACAACUAAAAGAACAAACAGCAAAGCAGAUCAGCUUGCAAAACCAACUUCAGCAUUUCCUACAAGACCAGAUGCCAGAAGGAGCUGAACCCCAAUCUCCUAGUUCCUCUGUACCAUCCGAAAAUGAUAAGAAAACUCACCCAUCCUGUGGUCAAAGGAUGCCUGGCAUAAAUACAAAUGGGAAUACAGCUUACAACAGUGAAACCAAAUCAAAGGUUACCAAAAAGGGGAUACUGAAACAGAAAGGUGAAGAAGCAGACAAAAUUCUGCGCCAGCUCUUGGGAGAAGAAAUUUCUGGAAAUGUGUGCACACAGGAAAAACUUUCUUUGGAAUUUCAAGAUCAGCAGGAGGCAAGUGUUGUAACGGGGCCUGCAAGAAAAGUUCUGAGAAAUAAAAGGGAGCUGAAAUUGACCAGACUGAGAUAUUCUCAGAGAUCCUCCAGUGAGUCAGAUACUGACUCCUAUAUCAGUGAAGAUCAGAAGAACUCUCCCAUUAGAAGAGCUGACAAACCACGACCAGAGCCCAUUGUUGAAAAAGAUGAAUACACUGCAAAAGUCCACUUCAUGAUUAAAAAGCAUGCCUCCGCAGUUGGGAGAAUGUUUCCUUUUUCCCUUAAAGCCUCUGGUUCAUCAGAGGAACAAAGUCAGUCUCCUAUUGCUGAAAGCAGUGAUAAUGUACCUGACUCUCAGCAUCAGAUAAGAAGUCCAGUCAGGACCCUGUCUGUUGAAGAAUCAGUUCUACCUUGUGUUGACAAUACUACCACACAAAAAACCACAAACAGUCCUAAAAGUGCUCUGAAAUCACCAUCUUCAAAGAGUAGAGCGUCUCAGAAUUUAAAACUUAGAGUGACUUUUGAGGAGCCUGUUGUGGAAAUUGAACAGACAGUUCCUGAAUUAGAUAACAGAAAGGGCACAGAAAGUGAAGGAACAUUACCAAGGCCACCACCUUGUUUAGAAAUGGGUGAACCAUUGAACAGAUACAUGGGACAGUUUCACUCACCAGUGGAAUCUAUAAACAGUAACCAAAACAACAAUAACUCACAAGCUACCCAUUUAAACAUAACAUCCACCCCUAAUUUACCACUGAAUUCCACAGGAAGGAAAUCAGGAGGGUCAAAAGCAAGUUGUGUAACACCCACAAAAGUUAAUGCCAAGACACUGAGUGUGUCAAAAUCCACCAAAUAAUCCAUUGUUUUAAUUUUUUGAAACUUACUAAAACUCUAAACUAACAUUUCAAAAAUUCAAAAUAGUACCAAAUUUUAUUAUAUGUACAUUUGUAUAGAAGAAACCUAGCUGAAUAAAUUUUAAAAUAUUUUGACCAUUCUUUCUACCUGUUUUUUUUAAAGAUCCUAAUGUAAACUCAAAUGAUAUAGAUAAUAGUUUUUAAAGCACUUACAAACAUGCUGUGAUUGUUUCUGCAUUAUUAAUAUUCAGGUACUUUUAUAUAAAUGACGAAUUGUUUUAAGAUUGAUGUUCCAUUUUAAAUCAUUUGCCUCAAUUAAAAUUAGAUACAUUAGAAAAUCUAUAUUACUUUUCUUCCUCCUUUGUGCCCAUUUUCUUUACUACUUUUGUGGCAUUAGUACUUUGGCCAAGUCAGCAUUCUUUAUGUACAAGGUUAAAGACUGUAUGUCCGCAAAUUAAAAUGGGGACACUCAUGCUGACUGUCAUCUCCUCCUUACUCACAUCUAGUUCCUGGAUAGCAGUUGUGAUGAGGAACUGAAUUUUGGCCCUUCAUGUACCUAACGUGGUGACUCUGAUAAAAAUCAUUGAGUACAAUUGCACCCUGGCUAGUGUCAAAUUAGGAUAUAUGGGUCAACCAUUCAGUGCCUUGACCUUUGAACAAAUUCAGAAAGGAUGGGUUUUAAGGAACUGUUAGAGAGGUGGUUUAGGAAAUAAUUUGUUUUGUAUUUCUAGGUUUACAUUUAAGUACCCUGCCAUUCUGCUGCCCCUGUGUACAGUUUAUUUUCUGAAGAUAUGGGUAUCUUCAGUAAAAUUCAAUUCCUUUGAUAUAAGUCAUCAGAGCAGAAUUGCUUAUUUUUGAUGCCAAUUUGUACUGAAACAGAGUUCCACCUCAGUGGAGUUCAAAGUGUUUUCAGGAAAACAACUUCAGCAGAGAGUAGAUGAUGGUGUUCCUAAAUGGAAAAGGUGGAAAUGUUUGCCAUUUCCCUUGACAGUGACAUCCUCAAAUUAAAUUCCUACUUUUAAAAUAUAUUCCAAUCAUUAAUUGGGCUUAGUUGUAUUGCAACACAGCCCAGUUUCUGCAAACUUCUCCUUAGCCUCUUCUCAUGUAAAUUUGCCACCUUCCUCUCAACUUUCAACUUAAAUCUUCAGAUAAACUCUCUUUGAACCAUAUCUUUGGUAUGCCUGUUGACCUCGCCUUGUGUUGUAGCCUCUCUUCACCCACGAUCUCAGACUGUGACAAUACUAUUUAGGACUAAAUCAUAAUUUCGCUAACAGGCCAUCUACAUUCCUUCACUAGCUGAAAACAAAAAGAAAACUCUCUCACAGGAUUCAUACAGCUUGGUGCACAAAUUUGAUCUGUCACUUGCCAUAAUCCUCGCUACUACUGGAUUGCUCAACUAUGCUCUUUUUUUUGUAUCUUUACCCUAACCGGCAACAAAACUAUCCCUGUUUUGUAUAUUGUGGCAUUCUGCUUGAUACAGCAUCGAUUUAUCUAAUCACUUGGGGUGGAGGGUUCAAUUGAGGGGAAGCUAUUGUUUGGAAGAUGCUAGAGUCCAUUAUUAGGGAAGAAAUAGCAAAGCAUUGAGAACAACUUAAUGUAAUCAAGCAGAGUCAAUAUGAUUUUGUGAAAAGGAAAUCACUUUUGGCAUUUUAAGAGCUCUUUGAGGAUAUAAUGAGCAGAGUAAAUAAAGGAACACCAGUAGAUGUAGUAUAGGGAUUUUCGGACAGCAUUCAAUAAGGUGUUACGUAAAAGGCUGUUGGGAGUGAUGUAUUAGCAUGGAUUGAAAAUUGAUUAACUCACAUAAAACAGAGUCUGGAUCAACGGGUCAUUUUGAGGUUGGAAAGACCUAUCUAGUGGGGUGUAACAAGAAUCGCUAUGUCCGCAAUUAUGAAUUAUCUGUAAUAAUGACUUGAAGAGGGGGCAGAGUGGACUGUACCCUAAUUUGGCAAUGAUACAAAAAGAGUUGGAGGACAUGCUGCAACAAGGACUAAGAAAUUUAGCAUUUAUUGCUAUAGAGUGGGAGUUAAAAACAGGAAAAUCUUGUUACAACUACACAGGGUAUCGGUGAGGCCACAUCUGCUACUGUGUACAUUUUUGGUUAUUUAACAAGAUAUACUGGUGUUGGAUGCUGCUCAAAAGAGAUUUAGUAGGCUGAUUUGUGGGAUGAAGAUAUUGACUUAGGGGAUUACACCUGACCAGAAACUGAACUGGACUAGCUGUAUAAGUGCAAAGGUUUCACAACAGGCCUGAGGCUAGAAAUACGCAAUGAGAAACUCACUUCUUCACUUUUCACUUGCCUGGAUAAGUGUGGCUCCAACAACACUCAAGAAGCUUCACACCGUCCAAGACAACGCAGCCUGCUUAAUUCGCACCACACCCACUCCCUCCUCCACUGAUGCUCAAUAGGAGCAGUGUGUACCACCUACAAGAUGCACUGCAGAAAUUCACCAGAGAUCCUUAGACAUUAUCUUCAAUGCCUACGGCUAUUUGCAUCUAGAAGAACAGGGGCAAUAGAUACCUGGAAGCACCACCACCUGCAAGUUCCCUCCGAGCCACUCACAAUCCUGACAUGGAGAUAUAUCACUGUUCCUUCAGUUGCAUUGGCAGUCCCUCGUUAUCGGCAUUGCUGGUGUACCUAAACCAUAUGGACUGCAGCUGUUCAAGAAGGGAGCUCACCUCCACCUUCUCUAGUGCAACAAUAAAUGCUACCUGAGCCAGUCUUGCCCAUAUCCCACAAGUGGAUUUAAGAAAAGGCUAAACAGGUUAUCCCCACACUCUGUUCCUCACCACCCUCUCUUCCACCUCCUGCACACUCUUUCCCCAACAUUCCUCCUUUCUCCCUUUGUGUCUCAUUCCCCUCUCAACUGUCCUUGCCCCAGCCCUACCUCUCUUCCUCUGCACUCUUCCUUCCUCCAGUAUCUUUCUCCCACUCUUUCCUCCCCUCUCACUCUCUCUACUGUCCCUCCCUAUCUCCUCCUACUGUAUCCCCUCCCGCUUUCUCUCUCUUCCAAUACUUUCUCUUUCCUCUCUUCUUACUUUCUUGCACUCUUUCCUCCUACCACAACUCUCUUUUCCUCAACAAUUGUGUUUUGUUCCCCUGUUCUACCUCCUUCUUCCUGCCCUCAAUACAUUACUUUAUCCUGCCAUUGUCCCCUCAACAGCAAGUAUGAGGACCUUUUCAGAAUACUUGUUACCAAGAUUGCUUCUCUCUGCAUCAAACUAUGAUCAGCUUAUCCUCAAAUCCCUACAUUGUAUCCUUCUAUCCUCUCCAAUUACCAUGCAUUUCCAACUUGUUUCUCCUCAAUGCCUUUCAAUUUAUUAGCCUACACUGUACGUGUCCCAGCUCAGAGAACACACCAACAUUUACAAGCAGCAGCCAAGCUACAAAUCUUCACUCAAACCCUGAACUAUACCUGUCUCUCCUGUAGCUUUCUAUUCAAAUCCCUCCAUUUUGGUUUGCACCCACUUACAUUGGCUUCUUCAAAGUUUUAAAUGAGAUCCUCUGUGACCAUGUUCCUUCACUGCUUCUUGGCGUCUCUAAGUAUUCACAUUUGUGGCUCUGCUUGCUUAAGGAAUGCAUCAUGGUAUUCAAAUGUAGGGGAUGCAAAGGCAUGCAUGAGCAUUUUAAGCCACUCACAGAGUACCUCAGAUUCAUUCAAGAAUACCAUGAUGCAUUCCUUGUUUGGUGUCAUAGCUUUUCACCCUUGCCUUUUCUGACUAACAUUGGUUCACUGUGUCUAAAAACAUUUUCAACAACUCUAAGAUAACAAAAGUGUGGAGUUGGAUGAACACAGCAGGUAA